CGACAAACCAGUGCGCCGCCCAUUUGGACCUUGCUUACUUUUCACAAAAUCCUCCUUUCUUCAAAUAUGAACGGCGAAAGCAGUCCAAAGCGGCGCAAGUUGGAAGACGGCCGCUCAGCGCCGCCUUCACGCGAGGCGACCCCAUCCGUUCGCGCAGAAAUCCAGCACCGAUACCUGCCCUCCAGCAAACGGACAUUUGUCUCACAAACUCACCGCAUAGGCCGUGAUGGCACUCCUCAGCCUCAUCAACAUGAGUUCGACGGACCUGAGCCAGGCGUGGACUUGGAAGACUCGAUUGCAUUGGAUAGAGACUGGUAUGGCGCCGAAGAAAAUGGCGGACAUGCCUUCGGUGAUGAGACGCAUAAUCCCUUUGGUGGUUUCGAGAAUACGUACUUAGACCAGCAGAAGGAAGCUGCGAUGCUGGAAAAGAAGAGAUCACGCAGAGGAGAUUUACGGGCCAGGCAGAGGCAGAAGGAAAACGAAAUGUGGGAAACGAACCGUAUGCUGGGAUCUGGUGUUGCGCAGCGGAGGGAACUAGAUGACGAUUUCCUUGAAGAUCAAGAGGAUGUACGGGUCCAUAUAUUGGUGCAUGAUCUGAAGCCGCCAUUUUUAGAUGGCAGAAAAGUAUUUACGAAGCAACUCGACCCCAUUUCAGCAGUGAGAGAUCCGCAGAGUGAUAUGGCAGUAAUCGCGAGGAAAGGCAGCAGAGUUGUCAAGGAACGGCGACAACAGAGGGAAAGGCAACGAGCAGCGCAGGAAGCAACUAAUCUGAAAGGCACCAUCUUGGGUAACGUGAUGGGCGUCAAGAAUGAGGAAGAUACCGACAGUGCAGCACCUAUGGGCGACGAAGAAGGAUCUAAGGGAAACAGCAAGUUUGCCGAACAUAUGAAGACGAACGACGGGCAGAGCAGCUUCAGUCGAAGCAAGACGCUAAGAGAGCAAAGACAAUACCUGCCUGCGUUCGCCAUGCGCGAAGAAUUGCUCCGUGUGAUACGAGACAACCAAGUAACGAUAGUAGUCGGCCAGACGGGUUCAGGAAAGACGACACAGCUCACUCAAUUUCUUUACGAAGACGGGUAUGGCAAAAGAGGACUGAUAGGUUGUACACAACCCCGACGUGUGGCCGCAAUGAGUGUCGCCAAGCGCGUCAGCGAGGAGAUGGAGUGCAAGCUCGGAGGUCUGGUUGGUUAUGCGAUCCGUUUCGAGGACUGCACCAGUGACGAAACUGUCAUCAAGUACAUGACUGAUGGUGUCUUAUUGCGUGAGUCAAUAACAGAACGCGAUCUGGACAAGUACUCCUGCAUCAUCAUGGACGAGGCUCACGAACGCGCCUUAAACACCGACGUCCUUAUGGGUCUGAUCAAGAAAAUCCUCACCCGUCGCACCGACCUCAAGCUCAUUGUUACCUCGGCCACUAUGAAUUCUGAACGCUUCUCGCGUUUCUUCGGAGGCGCUCCGGAAUUCAUUAUUCCCGGCCGUACUUUCCCAGUGGACGAGCAGUUCUCGCGUUCUCCUUGCGAGGACUAUGUUGAUGCUGCUGUCCGCCAAGUACUUGCCAUUCACGUUUCCCAGGGCCCAGGUGAUAUUCUAGUCUUCAUGACGGGGCAAGAGGACAUCGAAACAACAUGCGAGCUUAUAGAAGAGCGCCUGAAACUUCUCAACGAUCCUCCGGAGUUGCUCAUUUUACCGAUCUACAGUCAAAUGCCCGCGGACUUGCAAGCCAAGAUUUUUGAUAAGGCACCCCCAGGCGUUCGCAAAGUCGUUGUGGCGACAAACAUUGCGGAGACUAGUUUGACAGUCGAUGGCAUCAUGUACGUUGUCGAUUCAGGAUACUGCAAGCUUAAAGUAUACAAUCCCAAAAUGGGCAUGGAUACUUUGCAAAUCACACCCAUAUCACAAGCCAACGCAUCGCAGCGAGCUGGCCGUGCCGGCAGAACAGGACCGGGAAAGUGCUUCCAUUUGUUUACUCAGCGAGCAUUCCAGGACGAAAUGUACAUUCAGACGAUUCCUGAACUACAACGCACAAACCUUUCCAGCACAGUUUUGUUGCUCAAGUCAUUGGGAGUAAGAGAUCUGCUUGACUUCGACUUUAUGGACCCACCUCCUCAAGACGUACUGAAUACUUCACUUUUCGACCUCUGGGCCCUUGGCUGCCUCGACAAUUUGGGCAACCUCACCGCCUUGGGUCGCGCCCUAACACCCUUCCCUAUGGAUCCCUCGCUUGCUAAAUUGAUCGUUAUGUCCGUACAGUACGGCUGCAGUGAGGAAAUGCUUACCAUAGUAUCCAUGCUCUCUGUACCGAGCGUCUUCUAUCGCCCGAAGGAGCGGCAAGAAGAAUCGGAUGCAGCCCGUGAGAAAUUCUUCGUUCCGGAAAGCGAUCACCUCACACUACUUCAUGUGUACAACCAAUGGCGCAUGAAUGGCUACUCCGAUGGAUGGUGUGCGCGUCACUUCUUGCAUCCAAAGGGCCUGCGUCGAGCGCGCGAAAUCAGAGAUCAAAUCGCAGACAUCAUGGCCAAGAACAAGAUGGAACUUGUGAGCUGUGGGACGGAUUGGGAUGUUGCGCGUAAAUGCAUUUGUUCAGGGUACUUCCACCAAGCUGCCAAGGUUAAGGGUAUUGGCGAGUACACCAAUCUUCGUACGGGUGUUACCAUUCAGCUGCAUCCCACCUCUGCGCUGUACGGGCUGGGAUGGUUACCAGAUUACGUGGUCUACCAUGAGCUCAUUCUGACAAGCAAGGAGUACAUGUCUUGCGUAACUAGUGUGGAUGCCCAUUGGCUCGCUGACCUUGGUGGUGUCUUCUAUUCUGUCAGAGAGAAAGGCUAUGACUCACGGGAGCGAAGGAUUACAGAACAUGAAUUCAAUCGAAAGGCGGAGCUGGAAGCUAAAAUUGAAGAGGACCGGCUGAGACAGCUACAAGCGCAGGAGGAGCUAGAGAGGGGAAAGAAACAAGCAAAUAUAGGAAAUGUAGUCAAGAAGUCAGGCGCUGUGGUCAAGAAGAUAGGAGCCAGUGGUGUAGUGAAGAAAGUCGGGAUCAGGAAAGGGAGAGGCUUUUGACCAUGUCCCGAACGAUGGCUCUAUUAUUCUGCUUUUCGUGAGGUGAGAGGGAAGGAACUCACAUCAGGUGCGCGAGAGCAUUCAAGAACUUAUCAGAUGCCCGUGAGCUUCCUUUUCUAAGGUGCCCUUUUCGCACUGUCGAUUUCCCG